AUGCAUAUCCUGGUCACUAACGACGACGGUCCACCGUCAAACCAGUCGUCGCCGUACGUGCAUUCCCUCGUCCAUUGGCUUCAGUCUGCUGGCCACACAGUUUCCGUCGUUCUCCCACAUCAACAACGAUCAUGGAUCGGUAAAGCACACUUGGUCGGUGCAUCCGUGAAACCAACCUACUUCCGGCCGGGUACUCUGCACCAGGAAGAUGGAACAGUGCAUCACCUACCGCGGGGUAGCACUGACGAGCCUGAUGAUGGCGGUGACGAAUGGAUCCUGAUUGACUCAACCCCAGCCAGUUGCGUCCAAAUCGGUCUCUUCCACUACUUCCAGGAGCGUGGUCCGAUUGAUGUGGUUGUUUCAGGUCCCAACUAUGGCCGUAAUACCACGGCCUUGUUCGCCAUGUCGAGUGGAACUAUUGGUGGCGCCAUGGAGGGUGCUGCCUGUGGCAAACCCUCCAUCGCUUUGUCAUAUGCCUUCAGCUCUAGAACCCAUGACCCUGUGGUUAUUGCGGAGGCGUCGAAGCACUCAGUCAAAUUGAUUGAGUAUCUUUGCGCCAACUGGGUGGACGGUGUGGACCUCUACAGUGUCAACGUUCCUCUGGAGCCUGGUGUUAGCCAGAACAAGAUUCUAUAUACCGAUAUGCUAAUCAAUAAGUGGAAAGCGGGAAGUUGCUUCGAGGUUGCCGACCCUGCUGAGGGUGGUGAACCCGAAUUAGAGGAGCAACGAUUACGUGUUAAGAGCGAGCUGGAGGGACAGAAGCCUGAUGCUAAUGCCACAAGUGGUGAUAAGUCUCGUCCUUCGAGAUUCCAACACAAACACUUCAAGUGGGCACCGAACUUGCAGGACGUCUUUCGAAGUGUCGAGGAGAGUGCUCCUGGUAAUGACGGCUGGGCCGUCAAGGAGCAAAUGACCAGUGUUACACCUUUGAAAGCUAGUUUCAUGCACGCGCCCGGCAUCACGGGCGAGAUUAAGCUAUCAGAUAAUGCGCCCACGGUUAGCCAGCCCACAGUGUACUCUAUUGUCGACUGUGACGUUCCAUAUGUGGGAGAACUUGUGGAGAAAGCAUUGGCCAGUCGCUUGGGAGAUUCUGCUCACUUGAAACGGAUCUCAUCUAUCUCUGAGCUACCAGAGUCUUCCGCACCGGUUUUUCAAUACCGCGAAUACGAACGUCUCGAUUUCGAACACAUUUUUUCACGACCGUCAACCUCUCUUGGAAACGCCUAUGUCAUCCGAAAGGCCCUCAUUCGCAAACACUACCUCUCCAACACCGUGGCCAACUGGAUCUCCAAGCAUCCAGAUAGCGUCUUGCGGAAGCACUUCAAACCCGCGUUCGAUUUUGAAUUGGACUACGCUGAGUUCCUUGACGAAGCCCUCCUGGAAGCUUACGAGCUUCGUGAGAGCCUCGACAAGAAUGAAGAGCGCCCCGAAUCCGAAAAGGAAUGGUGGAUCCUCAAGCCCGGCAUGAGUGACCGCGGUCAGGGAAUCCGCCUCUUCAACAGCGAAGCCCAGCUCCAAGAGAUUUUCGAGGAAUGGGAAGAGGAUUCAGACGAGGAGGAGAGUGGAUCUGAGAAAGAAGAUGCCGAAGAUGCUCCACACGAUACAGGCGUUGUCACCUCCCAACUCCGCCACUUCAUCGCUCAACCCUACAUCGACCCACCACUUCUCCUGCCCUCCUCUUCAAACCGAAAAUUCCACAUCCGCACCUACGUCCUCGCCACGGGCUCACUGAAGGUAUAUGUCUUCAAAGAAAUGCUCGCUCUAUUUGCCGCGAAGUCUUACUUCCCGCCCCACGAAGAGGAAGACGAAGUCAAAGACCUCGCCCGCCACCUCACAAAUACCUGUUUCCAAGAAGGCGGCAGCUCAAACGAGGGUAGUGUUCGUCGCUUCUGGGAUCUUGACCACCAUGUCCCUGGUCUCAGCGCAGACUGGAAGGAACAGAUCUUCUCCCAAAUUUGUGAUAUCACGAGCGAGACAUUCGAAGCUGCAGCUCGGGGUAUGAUGGUUCAUUUCCAGACACUGCCUAACGCAUUUGAGUUGUUUGGCGUAGAUUUCUUGGUUGAUAGCACUGGAUGUGCGUGGUUGUUGGAGUUGAACGCAUACCCGGACUUUGCACAGACGGGUGAGGAUCUUAAGGAGGUUGUUGUUGGACGGCUGUUUGAGGAGAUGAUUGAUGUUGCGGUGAAGCCAUUCUUUGGAUUGGGAGAGAAUGAUGGAAAGGGGGAUAUGAAGUUGGUGGCGGAUCUGGAUCUUGGUAGGCGUGCAUAG